AUGGCACUACAAAUGACACCUGCGGCAAUACCGCCACCGCCACUUAGAGACUCGAUCGGCUCCAUGCGGUUUCCUAUUCACACAGACCGGCCCCUCCAGAACUACAAAUUCUCCGGCCGGGAAGAUGUGCUGAUCGGCAUCGAUUCUGCCUUGAGGCCUUCAAAAUCGUCAUCGAAUACCACUGGACUAGUAUCUUGCACUAUCCACGGCAUUGGAGGGGUCGGAAAAACACAAGUCGCACUUCAGUAUACCUACUCCUGCGCAGAUAAGUUUGAUGCCAUCUUUUGGCUGCGAGCCGAGACUGUAGCCGAGCUGGUAAGAUCUUAUGCGAUGAUUACGGAGAGAUUAAAACGUUCCAUGAGCUCUGCUACAAAUAGUCGCAAUGGUAGCCAGGAGCAUGAUUCAAACCUGGAUGUCAUGGAAGUUCGUGAAUGGCUUGAGACUACCGAGACACGUUGGCUACUCGUUUUUGACAAUGUUGACAGUUUCAACCACAUCAUCGACUACAUUCCCCGACACGCUACGUCGGGAGCGAUAUUGGUCACCACCCAGAUCCCCGACUUCCCUCAAAUUACUCAAGCCUCGUUGACCUGGCCGCUGCUAAGCCUGAGUCGUACUGAGGGCACGAGGCUCUUGUUUAGGACCUUGAACCGCGACGCCAAAGAUGACGAAGAGGAAGUCAUCGCAAGUGAGAUUUCGGACUUCGUAGGCCACCUACCUCUGGCCUUGACCACCAUAGGUGGAUACAUCAAAGCCACUAUGACCACGGUCCCCGAAUUUCUCUCUAGCCUGCUGGCCUCGAAUGCGAUAUGGGAGAAAAGCAGUGGCCCAGGAUAUGCUGAUGAGAGCACAUAUAGUAAAAGUCUGAGCACCGUCUUUGACAUUGCCUCCAAGAAUCUGUCAGCCGACGCGCAAACAUUGUUGAACGUAAUGGCAUUUCUGAACCCAGACAUGAUUCCUGAAGAAAUGCUCUUGUAUAACCAUACCGACCCGUCGCUGCAGUUCCUGUCUCAAAACAAGUCGUACUACGAGAUCAUAAAAAACCUCAAUGUCCGCCAACUCGUCAAAAGGGAAGCACCUUCAGGUGGCCAGACAUAUUUCUCUGUUCACAGAUCACUUCAGUUGAGCAUUCUGCAUCGGCUGAGCCAGAAUACAAAAGGUCGCCAGGAAGCUUUCAUGCAGGCAUUUGCCUUAGUUCGAGCACAGAUGCCCGAAGCGUCACGCAUACAAGCUUCCCAACCGGAUGCCUGGCACAAGUAUGAUGCUUAUGUACCUCAAAUUAGCAGCCUACGAACCCACUCACUGUGGCCUGAACCCAAGAUCGAGUUGCCCGUGGAUUUCGUCCGGGUCCUGAUUGACACCGGUGUCUACUUGUGGCAACAGGGUCUCUUGGUCGAGGGCAAGGCCGCGCUUGAGACUGCCGAAAAAUGCUUGGAGGAGGUGCCGUUGGACGAUCUAAACAUCUUGUUCAGCGAUAUCGACGACGUCUUGGGCAUUAUCGAUGACCUUACUGGGAUAUCUUGUCGCGCCGACAGCCUGCGCCGAAGGCGCCGCGCACUCCAAAUCCGCAAAAUCGAACACGGCCGCAUAGCCGAAGAGGAUCGGACAAGGAUUGACGAAGUCCGCCUCUACAACGCCGAAGCCAACUUGGGCUGCGCGUACCUCAACGCCGAGUUGUUCGAGGAAGCUGAGACUAUAUUCGAGAACUGUCUAGUCCAAUAUAAAUCGUGGACGACUGUGGAAGAGGAAAUUCCGUUCGAGUAUGCCAAGUACUACAAUCACAUUGCGUUUGUCCGUACCUUCCAAGGUCGGCAUAUCGAGGCCAUUGUGUCUGCUCGCCGGGCCUGCGACCUCCAACAAAUCCAUGGAGGGCCCAACGCGCCGCUGGUCCAAUACAACAGAUUCAACUUGGGGAAUCAAUUAUACCACGCGGGGGAACUGGAGGAAUCUCUGAAGGUUAAUCAAGAAUGUCUACGUGAUAGAAUCCGUGUUUGCGGCAAGGAUAACCUUCUUACGCUAGAAAGCUACUCGGAAGUGGGUGCCCUCCUCUUCGAGAUAGGCAGGUUCGAUGAAGCCAGGUAA